AAAACAACCCGCCUUCCCAGCCCGCACCCGCCAUUGAAUCAGUUAAAAGAAUUCUUAAGUAACUACUCUCUCUCUCUCUCUCUCUGUUGCGGUCUCAGUUCACACAGUUUUGUGGGCAUCUCGAGGGGAUGCGGAGGAGGAGAGGAUGCCGGGAUUAGGGUUAGGCUUUGGAGCGGAGGAAUUGGGGAGAGGAGAGAGAAGGGAUGGGAGGAAGAAGAGGUUGGAGCAGCGGCAUUUGAGAGCGGGAGGGAGGAGGAGGAGAGCCGUGGAGGAGAACCAAGAUUCUGUGAUCCCCUACUCCUCCGACCACCAUUCAGCUGGCAACGGCAACACCGGCGCCCGUAGUUCCGGCAACCUUUUCUCCUCCCCCUCCGGCAGUGCCGCUGACCGUUGCUCCUUCGGAUCCGAUCACGACCCCUUCUUUUCCCAGCUCUCCGCCUUGCAUUUGGCGGGACGCGAGCGCUGCGGUGGAGCUGGGCCAGAUCCAGAUCCAGAGAAAGGAGUCUCCUCGCCUUUCCCUUCCCCUUCCCCUUCCCCUGGUUCUCUCACCACCCAACCCCCCAAGGAGCUAGAGGAGGACUCAUUACAGGCAGAAGAAGAAGAGGAGGAAGAAGAAAGUCAAGACCCAUCACAGCAUUCCUUCUCCCACGGCCUCAGAGAAGGCGAGAACCGCCGGUCCAGAUCUGAAGCCGCUCACCUGCCCGGCAGGAAGCCCCGGAGGCGCAGGCCUGCCUCCCUUGACCUCAAUAGCCAGGGGUCUGAUGCUGCUUUCCUGUCCCCAGGCAUCCUUGUUGGUGGUUUAGGAGCAGGCAUGAAGCAGAGCUCGGCUGCCUCAUCCCGCAGCAGAUCGGGCACAUUUCCUAGCCCCGGGACGCCAAAUUACCGUCACGGUGUUGGAGCUGCUGGGUACCAGAAGGGGUGGAGCUCCGAGCGAGUGCCACUGCCGGUGAACAGCAGCCGGAGGUAUGGGGGCAGUGGUGUUUUGCUGCCAUUCAACAAUGGGAGGACAUUGCCUUCAAAAUGGGAGGAUGCAGAGAAGUGGAUCUUUAGCCCCAUUACAGCUGAUGGGGUUGGGAGGCCAUCGGUGCCCCCACCUCAUCAUAGACGGCCCAAGUCAAAAAGUGGUCCGCUUGGAGCUCCCGGCAGUAUUCAUGGGGUCUAUUCAUCAGCCUCACCGCCGGUCCCCUGCUUCGACAGCCGGAGGGUUGGAAAUUUUGCAGCAAGCUCGCCUUUUCUAGCAGGAGUUCUGAUUCCGGAACGUGGGUGUUGUGGUGGUGGCAACGACGGAAGAGGUGGUGGUGAUGGGGGUGGAAGAUCUUAUUCUGCUAAUACAGAUCCUUAUAUAAUGCGAUCCGUGAGUGUACAUGGGUGGGCAGAUGCACAGAUCGAGUCAUCUUGCUCGUUGCCCAGCUCUCAUGGUACUGCACAAGAUGAGAAACUAGAAAGCAACAGAGAAGCAGCCACCAUGAUUUCUCCUGUAGUUUUGAGGAAGGAUGUUGCGACACAAAUGAGCCCAGAAGGAAGUACCCCCUCUUCUCCCAAGGAGAUGCCUUUCUUUUCCCCAUCUUCACAAUCAGCCCGUCCCAUUCAAGAUCUGGAAAGCCAUUUCUCAAAGCUGGAGGUAAGAGAUGUACAGGUAGAUGAUCGAGUUACUGUCACUAGGUGGUCCAAGAAACACAUAGCCCGUGGCUCGGAUAGGCGUUCCACAAACAUCAUAGAAUGGAGGAAGAAGACAGUGGAGACUAAGGCUGCUUCCUGGGAAGUUGCAGAUACAGCAAAAUCCAUGUCGAAGUAUAAGAGGGAGGAAGCUAAGAUCAAUGCAUGGGAGAAUCUGCAGAAAGCAAAAGCAGAGGCAGCGAUCAGGAAGCUGGAGAUGAAACUAGAAAAGAAAAGAUCUCAUUCAAUGGAUAAGAUUUUGAACAAGCUUAGAUCAGCUCAGAAAAAAGCACAAAAGAUGCGGAGUGCAGUGACUGCAAGCCAAGCAAACCAGGUUGCAAGGACUACAAAGAGGGUCUCAUACUUCCGUAGAACUGGUCAAAUUGGUUCCUUGAGUGGAUGCUUCACCUGUCAUGCCUUCUAGUGCCAUGUAGCUUUUCCAAGCAAUUACAAUUUCCCAUCUCAAAGUUUUAGGUGCUGGGGUAAACAGUAAUAUAUACAGUAUUCAUGUGAUUCCUUUUUCUGAGUAUUCCUGAAAGGGAGAAAUGGGAUAAGCUGCACAAUUUUCUGCCCACACAUGAUCAUGAAGAUCUAUCAGAAAUACCCCAAAGCAAAGUGUAUUUUCCUGCUUGAAUCCAUUGUAUGAUGCCUUGGGUGGUUUGUGAUCAGAACUGAAAUCGAAAUGGAUUGGAUUGGUGGUUGGAAGUUAUGUUUUUUUUUGAUGUAUUUGGUUUAUGAUUGUAAUUGUGACGGAAUUAGAUUUGAAUAUUAGGAAAGAGUUAAAACGAUGUUUGGGGGGAAUGGAGUUUUUUU